UGUCUCCACCCCACCGCAAACCCCUCAUCCCUUCCCCUUCUAGAUCGCCGCCGCCGCCGCCUCCCCAUCAGCUCCACCGGCGAGCCCUUCCUCACCGCAUCGCCACCCCCGCGCCCAUCCAUGGCAUCCCCCGCGCCCUUCCAUCAGCAUCCAUGGCCUCCCCCGCGCCCUUCCAUCAGCAUCCAUGGCCUCCCCCGCGCCCUUCCAUCAGCAUCCAUGGCCUCCCCCGCGCCCUUCCUCACCGCAUCGCCACCCAACCCCCUCCCUUCCUCUCCCCGACGCUCCCGUCGCUCCGGGCCUUCAUCCUCUCCGGCCAGACCAACCGGCCGCGGCCCCUGCCCUAGGCAGGGAGGGCGGAUCACCGCUGCGCGGGUGCACGGGAAGGGGCGGCGGCAGAAGCGCAUCCCCAAGAUCUAGCCCGUCAAGCACCGUGUCGAAGUCUCUCCUUCGAGGAUCUCUAUGUGCGGGCGUGCGGAGGCGCUCAUGAGGGCGGUGGUGGCCUUCUUCGACGCCUUCCUUGUCGACUGCUUCCUCUUCUGGUUCCGCCGCCGCCGCCCCGGCCCCGACAGCCCCGCCUCCGCCCACCGGGAUCCGCUCGUGCCCAAGGACUGGACAGGGGAGGUGCUCCCGGCCUCGGACGAAGAGAAAGGUUUUGCAGAGAGCACAUUGUCGAACCAGCAGUUGGCAGAUGGCGAUGACACAGAUGAGGAGCUUAGGCGAGAGGUCAUUGUUGUGAAGGCCGUCAUAGGAAGGCGUGGGGGAUUUGGCACAAGGCCGAUGAUCGAGUCUAUGCUCUCUCCUCCAUGGAAAGACCUAUUUUCUCUGAUGAUUGUUUUGAAGUGGCAGACCAUGUGAACAACCUGGGCACCAUCGCGGGCUCGGGCACCAAGGAGUUCAUGGAGGUGCUGCAGGGCUGGGGCCGUGGCUGUGCCAACAGGUCUGGCAGCACCGCCGCGUCGACGACGAAGGUGGUGACCGCGGCGGCGAGCGGCGCGAGUUGGUGGCUGCGGGACUGGACGGCACGGCUCAUAUAUGUGCUUCUGACUAAUCCAGCUUCUUUUGGUCUAGCUGGGCAUUACUUUGAGUUCAUAUAUGUGCUUGUCACUCCAUAGGUUAUAGUGAUUCCCUCUGUUCUCUUAUAUGUUCUUGUAGUUUGGUUGCUUUCCUAUUCAUGCAUGUUUGUACAGCUAUAUAUAGUUUUGCUGUGAAUCUGUCGUGCAUGUAUUGAAAUGCAUGUAAUGUUGAAUACAUGUUCACUCUCAGUUGGGAUAUUGAUUUGUACAUAGUUAUGUGAUUCAUGUCUGCUUCUUAUCUUAUUAAGUGAUUAUCUUUAUGUCCUUGCUACCAGUAGGAUGGUCAAUAGCUUGUUUUGUAGUUCUCUACUUUAUGCAAAUAGCUUCCCGUAGCAUGUUUCUAGCUACUAUCUGUGUGAUGUUGAACAAUAUGCUCUUAAUCUGUUGCUAUAUUCUCACCAAAUGCACAGUUUAUUUUCUUAGACCUACUGUUAAACAAAGUCUUAACUUGUAUCAUUUUUUCUUAAAAAUAAGCAUAGAAUUCCUGACUCUUAUGUUAUAUGAUCAGCUUACUCCUGCUUCAACAACUGUACUAAUUCCUGACUGUUGUAUGUAAGGAGUAAAAUAGUUUACUUGAGUGAUAUCCACUAGUUCACUAUCUUAGAGCACCCUUUUAGCAUUGUGGGCUGCUAAUAGUAUUUUAGACUUACCAUAUCCUCUCUGGCGCGAUGGCAGGAGCGCAUAAUAGACUACUAAAUGGACAAGUAUCUGGAACGUUCAGCAUCAAAGAUGAUGCUUACCAGAUGUUCUACAGCAGCCCCAUCCAUAUCAUCGGCAUGAAGUUAGGUAUCUACUUGUCCUUACAUUGAUGGCCUGAAGCUUGAUGCAUGUAUAAUGUGACACACACAACAGGAUAUCUCAAUAAUUUUGACAUGUUUGCUCUGUUAUCUAGCAGUAGGUUGAUACUUGUCAUUUGCCCUUUCCAAAUAUAUCUCAAUUUUGUUAUGAGAAUGUUAUAUGCAUGGUUUCUUAUUAGAUCUCAAAUUCUGCAGCUAUGUUUCAUUGUUAGGAGAAUGUUAUAUGCACGGCUACACUUGAUUAUGUUCCCUAACUUUUCUGAUUUAUAAUCCGCUGAUUUUGGCCUUCAUUCGUCAAAAGUUUGUGUACAAGGAACUCCAGGAGAAGAAUCUUUAAGUAAAUAAUUUAUAUAGAUCAGGAUCUUAUGUUUUCGAGGUGGCUGCUGCUGUGACCAAAGAUCAGCCUGGAGAUGUGCAUCAGUCUUAGUUGAUGUUGCCACCAUGUUUUGGUGCCUGUGUAUUUGAUUGUAUGUACACAUGUUAUACUAUAGAGCUUGAUGCUCAUCGGCUCAUGUGACAUAUUGUACACCUGUAGAGCUUGUUAUACUGUGAUCGC